AACAAGCCCGCAGCCCACCGGGAAAAGGCCCAGUAUAAUAUGCCGCCGCUUUACCCGUCUAAUAAUAUCAUUAACCGUUCCAAAACCAAAAACUUCCCGUCUGUGUGUAUAGCAUACACGAUAAGCUUUUAUUUCCCGUUGUCACAAUGAGGCAAAGACCAUCCUUGUACCAUUAGCAUAAAGUCACACGGACCCCGUUGCAAACUGUAGCGUGAGUGGUCUAUGGUGAUUAUAGCAGUAGUAGUGGACAGUUCAAGCAGAGUGGUUGCGUAAGCGAUCAAUUCUUUCCCAGUGUGGGGGGGGGGACGAAAUCCUGCUUAAUUUUUUUUUUCUUUGUGGUUCCCCUUGAGGGUUAAUAACUUUCACAUUAACUCAAUUGCACUGUUCAUUCAGAAAAACUUCUUUUAUUAUUAUUACUACUACUAUAACUACCUACUAACUAGGGAGAAUGCCACCUGUAUUACAGUUUACUCCGUUUGCAUCAUCUGUCGAUGCAGCAUUUUGGCAAGAUUUGGCAACCAAGAAACUCAAUGUGCUGAAAUUGUCAGAGGCCAGUCAGCCUGUUUACGCCUACUACGCAACAGGCCACAGUCACCAUAGUUACAACAACAACAACCCGCCCCUUCCCGAGGCUGUCUCCAUGCCAGCCCGGAUUUGUGUCCCCGCUCAGGGGUUGGAUACCAACGAUGAUACCAGACCACCGUUCACGUUUCGCGUAACGGGAACAUUGCUAAACACAAACACCUUUGAAGACUUUAAAAAGUUGGACAAGAAUAGUCUGUUCCAGCAACACAGUGACCAGAUAUGGCAAGCCAUUGAGAGCGGAGAUGCAUUUGAUCGUCCGAGCGUCCUUUCGCAUUUCCUCCUGCUUACGUUUGCAGAUCUGAAAAGAUACAAAUUCUACUAUUGGUUUGCAUUCCCGGCUCUGAUGCCGCAGGAGCCGUGGUUACAAUCCCAACCCAUCAGUCCGAUCGCCCACACCUUUAGUCCCGUCGAGACGACCGCGUUGGCCAAUGCCUAUCAAGCUGCCGAUCGGCCACCGUUCUUCCUAGUCAGGCGCAAACCAACAACAGUGCUCUUGGGUCGCUUACGCGACUGGGACGAGUUCUAUACCAAAGAACAGGACGAGUUCUGGGUUGGGUUCGCAGACCCUUCCAAUCGAGACACCAUCCCGGGCUGGCCGUUGCGGAACCUACUUGCACUACUGCAUGAAAAGCACGGCAUCCGCAAAUUAAAUGUGCUGUGCUACCGCGAGAUACCUGGAAAGGUUACGUCGAUUGACGCCUCGCGGCUGCUUGUCGCCGAAUUGCCACCUUUGGCCACUUUUACAAAACCACCAAAGUCGGUCGGAUGGGAAAGGAAUGCACAGGCUAAACUUGCGCCAAGAAUGGCUGAUCUGGGCCCAUUGAUGGACCCUAUACGAUUAGCAGAUACUGCAGUCGAUUUGAACUUGAAAUUGAUGCGGUGGCGCGUCAUGCCGGACUUGGAUCUGGAUAAGGUUAAGCAUACCAAAUGUCUGUUAUUGGGUGCAGGGACACUGGGAUGCUAUGUAGCGCGCUGUUUAUUGGGGUGGGGCAUUCGUCAUAUCACAUUUGUCGAUAAUGGUCGAGUCUCGUUCAGUAACCCUGUUCGACAACCCCUUUAUACGUUCAAGGAUUGCGUCAAUGGAGGGCAGCCCAAGGCCGAAGCUGCCGCUAAAAGUCUUUUGGAGAUCCAACCCACCGUGAACUCUGUCGGAUACAAUCUGUCAAUUCCUAUGCCUGGACAUGUCGCCGCCGCUGGUUCGGACGAUGCUUUAUCGAAUGACAUUCAACAGUUGACUGAUUUAAUUCGAUCGCACGAUGUUGUCUAUCUGUUAACCGACAGCCGUGAAAGCCGAUGGUUCCCUACCUUGCUUGCCACACAAGCCAACAAACUGGUGAUCAACGCAGCGCUUGGAUUUGACACGUAUUUGGUGAUGCGCCAUGGGUCCAAACAUGGCUCCUUGGGCUGUUAUUUUUGUAACGAUAUUGUUGCCCCAGCAGAUUCAUUGACGGAUCGUACGUUGGACCAGCAAUGCACGGUUACCAGACCCGGACUCGCUGCCAUUGCCGGUGCUCUUGGCGUCGAGCUGAUGGUAUCAGUGCUUCAACAUAAAGAUGGCAUCGAAGCGGCUGCAUCCGACGACAGUGAUUGUGUUUUGGGCCGUGUCCCUCACCAAAUCCGCGGAUUCCUCGGUCAAUUUCACAACAUGCUUAUUGUGGGACAAAGUUACGCCAACUGCACGGGUUGUUCAGAAAAGGUUAUCGAAGCCUAUCAGCAAAAUCCAUUGCAGUUUAUAAGUAAGAUCCUGCGUGACCCAGAGCAUCUAGAACAAGUGUCUGGUAUUGCACAGAUGAAGGCAGAAAGUGAUGCGCUAUUGUUGGACCAAGAUUGGGGCGACGAAGAAGAGGAUGAUUUUUAGAAUAAAGAAAAGCUCUUACUUGUGACAUAUCAGUUUUGUCACGGGGAGAAGGGGUGUGGGGGGGGGCGGAGGAUAGGGAAGCAGUAGCAGUAGUAGUAUAAAAAAUGCAUUAAAGCACAUAUAAAAAAUACGUGUUGUGUGGCCCAUGGACCGGAAUUUUUCUUAUUUGUGUAGGGGUCCCCUUAUCUUGGCUUUUAUCUAUCAACCUCCCACUCUACUCGCGUCUCUUUCUCUCUUUUAACCCCA